CGUCCCCCCCCCGCGCCUCCUCCUCCUCCUCCUCCCCCGCCCGGUACCGCAUUGCCGUAGUGCGGGGGGGCCGCUGCAUUGCGCUGCCGCCGUCGAUAGGUGGGCCCCUCCCGCGGAGAUAAAGCCGGCGGAGCCCAAGCCGGCAGCCUCUGGCCGCCCCGACCGCCGCCCCGCCUCCCCAAAAAGGCAGCUGCGUUCCCACAUCCCCCCCCAGCGCCGCCCGCCCCGGCCAGCCCCGCGUAGCCCACCAGCAUGGGGAAGGAGAAGACGCAUAUCAACAUCGUCGUCAUCGGGCAUGUGGACUCUGGGAAAUCCACCACCACCGGGCACCUCAUCUACAAAUGCGGGGGCAUCGACAAACGGACCAUUGAGAAAUUCGAGAAGGAGGCUGCCGAGAUGGGGAAGGGGUCCUUCAAAUACGCCUGGGUGCUGGACAAGCUGAAGGCUGAGCGUGAGCGUGGCAUCACCAUUGACAUCUCCCUGUGGAAGUUCGAGACCACCAAGUACUACAUCACCAUCAUUGACGCACCUGGGCACAGGGACUUCAUCAAGAACAUGAUCACUGGGACCUCCCAGGCUGACUGUGCUGUCCUGAUCGUCGCUGCCGGUGUGGGUGAGUUCGAAGCCGGCAUCUCCAAGAACGGGCAGACCCGUGAGCACGCCCUGCUGGCUUACACCCUGGGGGUGAAGCAGCUCAUCGUGGGCAUCAACAAGAUGGAUUCCACAGAGCCCCCGUACAGCGAGAAACGCUACGAUGAGAUCGUCAAGGAGGUCAGCGCCUACAUCAAGAAGAUCGGCUACAACCCAGCCACGGUUCCCUUUGUGCCCAUCUCGGGCUGGCACGGAGACAACAUGCUGGAGCCCUCUCCCAAUGUAAGUGUGUGUUGUGUUAGACUUCUCUCCCCACCCUGAUGAACCUGACCCAGG